GUGGUUGAGGUAGGCUGUUCAUGCAGAUACUGUGAAGAAGCAGCGUAGGGAAAACAUGUAAAGACGCCACGUACGGUGACCGGGUUUUGGUUCCCGCCCAUCAUAUUUUUGGCAAUAUGACAGUGGCUUCGCUCCUUUCGCAGAUAUAAUACUGUGCUGUGAAAGAACUGACAGCAAGAUGGGGAAGUUAUUGUCAAAAAUUUUUGGCAAUAAGGAGAUGAGGAUAUUGAUGUUAGGAUUAGAUGCUGCUGGAAAAACAACUAUUCUAUACAAACUUAAAUUGGGUCAGUCAGUCACAACAAUUCCUACUGUAGGAUUUAACGUGGAAACAGUGACAUACAAAAAUGUUAAGUUCAAUGUUUGGGAUGUUGGAGGACAAGAUAAAAUACGUCCAUUAUGGAGACACUACUACACGGGCACGCAAGGUCUUAUAUUCGUUGUUGAUUGUGCUGAUAGAGACAGAAUUGAUGAAGCAAGACAAGAGCUUCAUAGGAUAAUAAAUGACAGGGAAAUGAGAGAUGCAAUCAUACUAAUAUUUGCAAAUAAGCAGGACCUUCCAGAUGCUAUGAAACCUCAUGAAAUCCAGGAAAAACUGGGACUCACUCGAAUAAGAGAUCGUAAUUGGUACGUCCAACCCUCAUGUGCGACUACAGGGGAUGGCCUGUAUGAAGGACUUACGUGGCUGACCUCAAAUCAUAAGUUAUGAACCUGCCUGUCUCUUUUCUUAGAAGAUUUAUUAUAUUCAGUUUGAGUCCACCACAAUAAAUAAUUGAAUGUGACGGUAUGGUUGACAGAGCUUUAGCUUCAAGCUGUGUAUCAACGUGUGUGCUUGUGGAAGUCCAUAAAAGAAGUCUCAGAUAUGUGAAACAUGCUGCGUAUUGAAACAAAACUGUUAGUUCCUUCAAUGUAGGGACCUAAAUUAUAUAUAUACAAUUUUAUUCUGUGGUGAAAGAUAGUGCUGGUCGUUCCAGUGUCAUGCAUAAUGGUUCAACCUAAAUGUCUAAGAAACUGGAAUUCUAACUGUAAAAGAACAAAUAUUAUUAUAUUGUUUGAGUAAACAGAUUGCAGAUAUAGUUGUAUGUACUUGGGUUAGUUGGAUGGAUUCUCUCUUGUGAUAAUGUUGGGAGAAAGUGGUUUUGUUUUCAUACGUGUAACCAAAUUUCCAAGUGGCCUUAGAAAGUUGAAACUCUCAUUUUUCCACUAUCAUUAGUGGGUUAAAAUAAAAGUACUUACCUGAAAGUACUUUUGUUUUAUAAUGACUGUUACUGUAUCUCUAAAUUUUGUGCUAUUUUAUUUAGGAAGGUAAAACCUUUCAAAUUCUAACUUCCAUAAAUUGUCAUGCCUGUAAAUUCAGAAUCUUAAUACAGUAGUUAAGCAGUAUUCCUCCUCUCUCUCCCAGUUUCUGAAUUUUCCCAGUUGUGGAUCUCUAUUCUCUCUUGUCAUUGAAAUGUAAUGUGUUGUUACAGUGUAACAAAAAAUUUAAUAUUAUUUCAUUUCUUAUGUUACAAAACUGUGAAGCACAAUUAAAAGUUAUGAACUCUUACUAUCUCAUUGACUGUUGCUAUCAAGAGGUUAGCUAUUUAAAAAAAAAAAAUAAUAAUUUAAAUGAAGACAUUUUGGAUUACUCCAAGUGAAUUUUUUUCUUUUCCCAUUGCAGAGAAUUUUUAGAAAUAUUUAUUAGACUUAAGAUCAUAAAUCAGUGUUUGGGAUUUGUGUGUUAAAAGUGUGUUUGCUCUCAUGCACCACACGUCUUUGCAUUGUAAUUUUGAGAUAAACAAAUAUGAGUGCACAGACUGCCCCCUCCUGUGUUGGUUACAUUGUGCAUUAACUCAAGUAUGUUUCUCACUACUCAGCAAUUGUGUGUGUGUGUGUGUGUGUGUGUGUGUGUGUGU